GGAAACAAAAAGACACACAGGCACAGACAGCAGUCAGAAUUGGAUGGUGACCAAUCGAUAGGUGACAAUGAAAUGCGAAACCCAAAGUCACGUAAGACUCGGCACUUCUUUCUCAUAGAUUUUUCUUCAGCGACUCCAAAAGUCUCUUUUCCUUUCCUUCUUCCUCAUUUCCUGAUGAAAUCUCUUGUUUCACCCAUGUCGUGAUUUCUUCUGAGAAACUGCUUCAAAGCUGGAGUCUUUCGAUUUCUUUUUAACCGUUUGAUCACUUCCAUCAAUUUCCAAACAUAAUACGGAUUUGCAGACUUAGAAAGGAAGCAACUUUUUCCCAGAGGUUAUUUCUUUGUUUUAAGGGGUUUUACUCCCUCAAGUAGUGAUUGGUUGUUUAAUUGUUUAGGCUGUUUAAGAGUUUGGGGUCUGUCCUUUAGUUUACUAGUUUGUGCCUAUGGCAAAUCCUUGGAAGAAUCAGAGAUUAAAAGAUUCUGCUUUAUGCCGUUUAGGGAUUUUAUUUGCAGUUACAGUCUCUAUAGUUCUCAUGUUGGCGUCUGUACCCAGAACAGCUUUAAAUAAGAGUUUCUCCGACAAUGAUUUGAAUAAUUUAGACAAACAUUUGGAAAAUGUUUCACUCCUAAGUGUCGCCAGAGGUAACGAAAUGUCGGUUAGGUUGCAUACAAGGAACAAAUCUCCGCCGAGAAAUCUGGAUCUGUACCCGAAUCUGGCGAAAGACCAUGUGGUUAUCGUCUUAUACGUGCACAAUCGGUCUCAGUAUCUUCGAGUAACUGUGGAAAGCUUGUCCAAAGUCGAAGGAAUAAGCGAGACGUUGCUGAUUGUUAGCCAUGAUGGUUACUUUGAAGAGAUGAACAAGAUUGUUGAGAGUAUUAAGUUUUGUCAGGUGAAGCAGAUAUUCUCGCCUUAUUCUCCUCACAUAUUCCAAGGUAGUUUCCCCGGUGUGUCGGCCAACGACUGCAAGAACAAAGGUGAUGAGGCCAAGACGCAUUGUGAAGGCAAUCCGGAUCAGUACGGGAAUCACCGCUCUCCGAAGAUUGUAUCUCUGAAGCAUCACUGGUGGUGGAUGAUGAACACUGUGUGGGAUGGGUUGGUGGAGACUAAAGAUCACGACGGUCACGUGCUUUUCAUUGAAGAAGAUCAUUUUAUUUUUCCUAAUGCUUAUCGGAGUAUACAGACUCUCACGAGGCUGAAACAGGAGAAAUGUCCUGACUGCUUUGCUGCUAACUUAGCGCCGUCUGAUGUGAAGUCGAGAGGAGAAGGGUUUGAUAGUUUGGUUGCGGAGAGAAUGGGAAACGUUGGGUACUCUUUUAACAGAAGUGUGUGGGAGAGAAUACACCACAAGGCAAAAGAGUUUUGUUUCUUUGAUGAUUAUAAUUGGGAUAUAACAAUGUGGGCGACGGUUUUCCCUUCGUUUGGUUCACCUGUUUACACGUUGAGAGGGCCUAGGACGAGUGCGGUUCACUUUGGAAAAUGUGGGUUGCAUCAAGGUAGAGGAGAGGAAGGUGAUUGUAUCGAUAAUGGGAUUGUAAACAUUGAGGUUAAGGAAACGGAUAAAGUUGUGAACAUAAAUAAAGAAUGGGGAGUUCGAGUGUUUGAACAUCAACCUGGUUAUAAAGCUGGUUUUAAAGGUUGGGGAGGUUGGGGCGACAAAAGGGACCAGCGUUUAUGUUUGGAUUUUGCCACUAUGUAUCGUGGUGAAUCUCCUUGAAUGAAACUUAGGGACCUCCAAGUAAAACUUGUGGUUAUACAGUCAUUAAAUUUUCAGGGAUUGCUUUCCUUUUCUUGUUGUAUUUUUAUUGUCAUGUCUUGUUUGUAGUGUAUUGGAAUUCCUCUCUUUCUUUUGCCAUCCGAUGGAUUUUCAUUCAUUUAAACUUUGAAGUGCACAUAGCCGAC